AUGGCUGGGCGAGGAGUGGCUGGCAAUGGCAGGGAGAGGCUGGGAUGGGAGUGGCUAGGAAUGGUUGGGGGAAAACCACUCCACUCCCAGUCACUCCCAACCAUUCCAUUCACAACCAAUCCUCCCCCAGCCAUUCCCAGACACAGCCCUCCCAGCCAUUACCAGCCAUUCCUCUCUCAACCAUUACCAGUUACUCCUCUCCCAGUCAAUUCCAGACACUCCCCUAACAGCCAUUCCCAGCCACUCCUCUCCCAGCCAUUCCUAACCAAUGCCCUCACAGUCUCUCCCAUCCCCAUCUCCCCCAGCCAUUUCCACCCACUGCCCUCCCUGCCUCUCAAAGCCACUCCUACCCCGGACACACAAAGGCUCUCCCAGCCAUUCCCAGCCUCUCCUAGCCACUCCCAGCUUCUUUCCCAGCUAUUCCCAGCCAUUCCCUUCUCAGCCAUUCCCAGCCACUCCAGAUUCAGCUAUUCCCAGUCACUCCUCUCCCAGACAUUCCCAGCCACACCUCUUUCAGCUAUUCCCAGCUACUUCUCCCCCAGCCAUUUUCAGCUAGUCCCCUCCCAGCCUCUCCUCCCCCAGCCAUCCCCAGCCGCUCCAUUCCCAGCCACUCCUCCCACAGCCAUUCCCAGCCUCUCCCAGUCGCUCCUCUCCCAGCCAUUCCUUGUUACUCCUCUUCCAGCCAAUGCCAGCCAUUCCUCUCACAGCCAUUCACAGCCACUCCUCUCCCAGCCAUUGCUAACCACUCCUCUCCCAGACACUUCUACUCCAGCCAUUCCCAGCCACUCCCCUCCCUGCCCCUCCCAGCCAUUCUUCCCCCAACCAUUCCCAGCCUCUCUUAGCCACUCCUCUCCCAACCAUUCCCAGCCACUCCUUUCCCAGCCAUUCAUAGCCAAUCCCAGCCACUACUUUCCCAGCCAUUCCCAGUUACAUAUCUCCCCGGCAGUCCUCUCCCAUGCAGUCAUUCCCAGCAACACAUCUCCCAGCCUCUUCGAGCCAAUCCCAGCCAUUCCCAGCCACUCCUCUCCCAGCCAUUCCUCUCCCAGCUAUUGCCAGCCAUCCCUCUACUAG